ACAGAUAGUUCUCCAGUUUUGUGCAGGCUGUGUCUUGUUGCUCGUUAAAUAGCCAGGGGGGAAAAGGCUGAGAUCUCCAUCAAGAUUGAUUAGUGUCUCGAGAGCUUAUGUAUUGAAGUGCAUCAGAAACACUUGUCUCUUACUGCAGAGGGAAGAGUGUGGAAGAAUCUGAAAACAACAUAUACAUUCAUCUUUAUAGUUUUGAAAAGACAAAUUGGGUUGUUUGAACAGAUUCACCACACAUACCAAAAACAGAGAGGCAGAAAUGACACACGUGAGAAUAAAGUUUAUUGAGAUUCUAGAAAAAGUCAUGAAAGAAGGAGAGCAGAUGACACCAGAGGAGAUGCUGAUGACUCAUGAAGGAAUUGCAUACCCAACUGUCUUUUGCAGCCCAGAGCAGUUCAAAGCUAUGGAAGCCUUCCAAGCUAGGAGUGAUGAUGUAGUUCUAGCAGGAUACUGCAAAUCUGGUACCAAUUGGGUUGGCCAGAUUGUUACCGAUUUAGUAAUAACAUCUGCAAAGAAAUAUGAACCAGAGAAGUUUAAUGAAAAACUUCUCCUAGCAGAAAUUCCUUAUCUUGAAUUAGGAGAUACUGAAAAGUAUAAGAGGAUGGAUACUUAUCCUUCCAGGAGAGUGAUAUUUACUCAUCUCCGUCCUGAUAGAUUCCCACCAUCUAUUUUCAAGAAGAAAGCCAAAGUAGUGAUGCUGGUUCGAAAUCCAAAAGAUGUUGCUGCAUCUUUUUUCCAUUUUUCAAACAACUUCAGUCCUUAUCCUCCCUAUGAUACAUUUGAAGAAUUCUUCCGAGCUUUAAUGAUAGGAAAAAUGCCCUGGGGAUCCUAUAUAGAGUAUCUUUGUACAUGGAACAAGUUUAUUGAUAAAGAAAAUGUCCUGCCAAUAACAUAUGAAGAGAUAAAAGAGAACCCAGCUUUAGGAGCCAAAAAGAUUUCCACAUUUCUUGAACUGAACUUAAAUGAGGAAGACUUUCAGGAUGUUGUAGAAAGGAGCACUUUCAGUGCGAUGAAAGAUAACUCUAAAGCAACCCAUGGAGAAUUUGGUGAAGUUCUUUUCCGGAAAGGUGGAGUAAGUGACUGGAAAACACUUUUUAGUGAAGAAAACAACAAGGAGAUGGACACAGUAUUUAAAGAGCGCUUAGAAGGAACCAAAGUGGGAAAAUUGAUAAAGUAUGAUCGUUACUGCAAGGUAUGAAGAUCAAAGAAAUAAUCUAAUCACUAUCAAUUCUAAAAUGACUCCAGUUUCCGAAACAAGGCAUUCUAUUUUCUUCUAAUAAAUCUAUGAGUUUUAUGUAAUCUCUAUAUGAAAGGGGGAUGGAAAUUAUUUCAAGAGUUUUCUGACAAAAUUUCUAUAAAUGGCUAAGCUGCAUUAUUUAGUCCUGCUGACAGCAUAUUCAUUUCUUUUGCAGAUUUAUGACAAAAUAUUUUAGAAAUAUAAGACAGUUGGAUAGAUGAUAGAAAGAAAUCUAAAAUGUGACCUUUUAUAUAGAAAUCAACAAGCUCUUAAUCCCACCAAUUCUUCAAGCAUACAUAUAUGUUUGUGUGUGUUUAUUCACACUCACACACACAUAUACACAGAUUUACAUACAUAUUACAUUAUUAAUUAAAUAUUGAAAUCAAUUUGAAAUGUAACUAUUUAUAUGUAUUGCACAUUGAAAUCUUAAUCAUAAAUUCUAACAGUUAGAAAAUUGAUUCAUUACCUGCCACCAGUCUGAAUGAUUACUAGUAACAGGAAAUUCACACCUGUACACUAACACAGACAGAGAGAAAAGAGCCCAUGCAUGUGACAUUUAUUUCAAUAAGACUUCCUUCCAGGAUCAGCUGAUAUAAAGAAUACUACUUGUUCCAAUAUCUAUCAUUGUUUUGUAAUAUCUAUGUGCUUUUUCACUUUUUUGCUAUAUAGAAAAAAGCUCUAGAUACUGCUUUCUCAAUACAGAUAGUUCUCACUUAAUAACCACUUGUUCAGUGGCCGUUCAAAGCUUUGAUGGCACUGAACAAGGAGAUUUACAACUAGUCUUCAUAAUUGCAGGAGUUGUAGCAUCUCUCUGGUCAUGUGAUCAUGAUUUGGGUGCUUGGCAAAGUGCUCACAAUUACAAUAGUUGUGAUUGCCUUUUGUUUCAAUUAGGUGGUUAACAGAUUAGUGAAACCUGGCUCAGAAACAGUCCCUGUGAGAGGAACCUUGGUGUCUUAGUGGACAAUCACUUAAAUUUCCUAAUAGUGAGGACAAUUAACCAGUGGAACAGCUGUGGGUGCAUCAUCACUGGAGGUUUUUAAGAAGAGAUUGGAUGGCUACUUGUCUGAAAUGGUAUAGGGUCUCCUGUUUGAACAGGGAGGUUGGACUAGAAGACCUCCAAGGUCCCUUCCAGCUCUAUUGUGGUUGAUAUUGAUAUUGAUUGAUCUCACUGCCAGCUUGCAAGAAGCAAAGUCCAGUGGGAAGUCACAAAUGAUGAUCAUGCAGUGUUGCACAACUGCAAAGAAUUCAUUCAACAGUGGCAACUGGAACUGUUCCAAUUGCCAUCAUAAGUCAGUGCAAUUGUGUGACAUCACAUUUAACAACAGUGUCACUUAGUAAGCCAGUUGCUGAUCCCAAUUACUAUAGUUAAGCAAGGUUUGAUCUAAACACAGCAAAUAAAUUUCACCAAACCUAAAUAUGUCAAAUGUAAGUAAAAGUUUAAUUUUUUUGUGGAAAGCGGACUUUUGCAGAAGGAAAACAAAUAUAAAUAUAAUAGGUACCCUAAGCCAUAUUACUUUGAAUCCCGAUUCUACUUUCUCUCCUUCUUCUCCCUCUUUGUCUUUUUUGUCUUUGUCCUCUGUUUUACUUUUUUAUAUAUAAAUUUAUUAAAGAUUUUUUUAAAGAAAAACUAAAACUAAUACAAAGUAAGAAAAAGAAAGGAGAAAUUAAAAAGAAAAAUAAAAGUGCAAGAGAAGAAAAAAGUAAAAGAAAAAUAAAAAAGAAAGAAAAAGAUACAAAGAGUAGCCUCUGAUCUUCUUUACAGCAGUUAUACGUACAAUUAUAAGUGUACAAUUAUAAGUUACAACAUAGCUCUCUUCUUUCUGUAAUCAUCCAAACCACAAAUUGUAAUUUCAUUUUUUUCUGUUUUCAUGCAAAAAAAUCUACAAAUGGUUUCCAGUCAAGAAUAAAUGCCAUCUUUUUUCUGAUCAA